UGUACGCAUUGAAUAACUUGAAUGACUUGUAAAUAUAAGCAACCAAGUCCCUCUGUUGGGCCUAUAAAUUAUCAGUAUUGUGUCAUCAUAUUAAGGAACAAAUUAGUUGGUUUUUUUUCUCAGCAGAUAGAAAUUAAGAUGGACGGGUAUAGAUGCUUUGGGGGAUUUUCCCUUCAUGGGUUUGUUUUGUUGCUAGCGUUAGUUUGCAUUAUAGUUCCAAGAGCUCAAGGAUGGAGCAAAGAGGGUCAUAUUAUGACAUGCCGGAUUGCACAGGCACUUCUAGAGCCUGAAGCAGCAGAAGCCGUUAGAAAUUUACUUCCUCACGACGUCAAUGGCGACUUGUCCGCUCUGUGCGUAUGGCCGGACCAAAUCAGGCAUUGGUACAGAUACCGGUGGACUAGCCCACUUCACUUCAUUGACACACCUGAUAAUGCUUGCAACUUUGACUACUCAAGGGACUGUCAUGAUACACAUGGCUUGAAGAACAUGUGUGUUGCUGGUGCCAUCCAAAAUUUCACCUCUCAGCUUUCACACUACACAGAAGGAACCUCUGACCGUCGAUAUAACAUGACUGAGGCCUUGCUUUUCUUGUCACACUUCAUGGGAGAUAUCCAUCAGCCAAUGCACGUUGGAUUCACGACAGAUGAGGGAGGAAACACAAUAGACUUGCGUUGGUUCAGACACAAAUCAAAUCUCCACCAUGUAUGGGAUAGGGAGAUUCUACUGCAAGCCCUGAAGGACUAUUAUGACAAGGACAUGGAACUCCUCCUACAAGACAUACAGGGAAACAUCACAGAUGGAAUCUGGUCUGAUGAUGUUACAUCAUGGCAACAUUGUGAUGAUCACCAUUCAUGUGUAAACAAGUAUGCUACAGAGAGUAUAAACAUAGCUUGCAAGUGGGGUUACAAGGAUGUUGAGCCGGGUGAUACUCUAACAGAUGAUUACUUCCUUCCUCGGCUUCCUGUUGUGGAGAAGAGGAUUGCUCAAGGUGGAGUCCGCUUAGCUGCCAUCCUCAAUCGCGUCUUCUCUUCUCAAGAAACACAAGUUGAUGAUGAAGCAUCACGUUCACCCACCUAACCUGACUACACAAUACAAGCCAAUGCCAUCAUCAACUACAAGUUACACCAAAUUCAAGCACGAACCUAAACCCAUGCACCAAAUUGUGCUUUAGAAAA